AUGAGUGUCGUGGGUGCCGGCAUCCUGGAGCCAGUGUGGAAGGUCUCCCAGAUCUCAAUCAGUACCUGCGAUGGAGAUGAGGAGGUCGAAGGGUCGAUGGGACGUGCGAUUACGCGCUCUUCCGACUGCAGCGAGGACUCCUCAAACAGACAUCGGCGGCUCUGGGCUCGGGCUCUGGACUCUCGUUGGAAGCUGUCUCGCACAGAGCUCAAGGUGAAGAAAGCGCUUUGCAGGACUCCGAAAAGCAUUCUGUACCACGCCUCCUGGCAAGGUGUCGAUGUGGUGGUCAAGUGCGCUGGCGCGCAUGACGAUGGCAUGGGCAGACAGUUCUGGAUCAAGGAAAGGGCGGUCUCAGAGGAGCUCUUGCACGAGAUCGACCUUCUCUCGUCGCUGCGACAUCCUGAUCUUGUCAUGUUCCUUGGGGCCUGCAUCGAGCCGCACAUGCCAAUCAUGUGCGUGACGGAGUUCUUGCCCGGUGGAGACCUGGAGCGCUACUUCAUGGCCCAAAGGAAGAAGCAUGAAUCGGCGAUCUGGCGCCCUGCGCUCCCCCGGGUGAUUCAGUGGAGUUCCGCCAUAGGCAGGGCACUGACCUUCCUACACGACCUUGACGUUGUUCACCGAGAUCUGAAGCCACUGAAUCUGCUGCUGACCAAGCAUUUGGAGAUCAAGGUGUCUGAUUUCGGCCUCAGUCGGUUGAUGGCUCGGGAGUGCGACAAGUACUCGAUGACUGGCGGCAUUGGCAGCUAUCGCUACAUGGCGCCUGAGGUUGUGAGAUGCCAGGCUUAUAACCAGAAGGUGGACAUUUAUGCGUACGGCCUCAUCAUGUACUUCAUGAGCUCCGGAAAGGCACCUUUCCACCAGCUGGGCCCCGACCCAGAGCUUAUCUUGCUUCAUUACCAGCUAGGAAAGGAGCCACGGCCGGUUCUGCUCGACUGCCCUGCCAAGCUGCGCCCCAUCAUGGCGGCUGCUUGGCACGUCACGCCUGCCGAGCGGUCGUCUGCUCAGGAUGUUCUGGACAGCUUGGACCCUUUGUCAUAG